AUGAAACUAAGAAAAAUAUCAGCAGCCAUACAAAGAGACACCACGGUGCAUCUGAGUGCUGAGGAGAAGGCCGCCGCCACUGCUCUGUGGGACAAGCGAGAUUUGGUGAGUGUUGGUGCCAAGCCCCUCGUGAGGCUGCUGGUGGUUUACCCCUGGACUCGGAGGUUCUUUGAGGCCUUUGGGGACCUGUCCAAUGCUUCUGCCAUUAUGGGCAACACUAAGGUGAAGGCCCAUGACAAGAAGAUGCUGAACUCCUAUGACGACGUGAAAAACCUUGACAACCUCAAGGGCACCUGUUCCCAGCUGAGUGAGAUGCACUGUGACCAGCUGCACACAGAUCCUGAGAACUUCAGGGUGACUGGCAAUGUGCUGGUGUAUGUGUGAGCCUGCCACUUGGGCAAGAAAUUCAUCCCAGAAGUGGUGGCCGGUAUGGCUAAUGCCCUGGCUCACAAAUACCGUUGA